GCUCCACGUAACGUACACUUGCCAGCAAUUCAAAUCGAACCCACCACCACCGAAAGCUGCCGCAAUUAUACCCGCUGCCUCCCAAUUCCUCUCGCUCAGAUCCGGUCCAAAUCCCAGUCUCGCCGCCGGCACCAAUGGGAGCAGACCCGGACUUCUCGCCGCUGGAGCCGGAGCCGGAGCCGACGCGCUCGCCGGAGCCGGAGAUCCCCGGCCACGACAGCUGGAACUGGAAGGCGGACAUGAUGUCGGCGCUGGGGGAGUCGGUCUCCUUCGGCCGCUUCCUCACCGAGCCGCUCGAGUGGGGGAAGUGGUCCGCCUUCGCGCACAACCGCUACCUCGAGGAGGCGGCCGUCCAGGCGCGCCCGGGCUCCGUCGCGCAGAAGAAGGCCUUCUUCGAGUCUCACUACGCCAGGAAGAAGAAGCGCAAGAGCGAGGACCACGGCGCCGCCGCUGGCGAUGACGGCGGACUCGAGGCGGGUGCGGCAGAGGAGGAGGGUGGUUCCGCCGCCUCGAGGCCGUCCUCGUCGGCGGAGUCCUCCUGCAUGACGGAUCAGGCACCGGCGCCCGGGGAUGAGGAGACGUGCGGCAGCGGGGAGGCCGGCGUGGUGGAUUGUGGUGGUCCCCGUGCCAGUGAUGAGCCUGCGGAAGUGGCCGAGGAGCUCGCGGUCGCGGCCAUCACCGAUGCGGUUGGUCCUUCUAACAGGAUGGAUGCACCCGUGGAUGGGUUGUGCCACAGGGAGGGCGGCAAUGAGCUAGUUGCUGGAGCAGUUUCCGAAUUGCUGGAGAAGAAAAAUCUGUGCUCGAGUAAUUUGGUUGUUGUUGCCGUGGAGAAGCAACCCUUGAAGGAGAGCUCUAUUGUUAAUCAGGAUACCACGGAUUCUGCCAAGAAAAGGAGGAUCCAGAUGUCAUCUCUGCUUCAGAAGCCAACCAGAUUCAGAUCUCCCCCUUCAGGAAAGAAAGGACAGCCUUCAUCAGUGAAAAGACGGUCGCCUCUGCAUUCUGCAAAGGAGAACACCUCACCUCCUGGCUCAGACAAUAACGUGCAUGAGGCAACUUCAGUCCCUCAAAAGUGGUCCACACUGGCGGCAUUGCACAUGCCUAAGAGUUUCACGAGAUGUGAAAUAGGAAAUGCUGCAUCCGGCUCAAGAAAUCUUGGUACCACAAUUGCUGAGAGGAUUAGCCAGUUGGAGUCUGCAAGCAGACCUGUGGAAACCACUCAGCCUGAGGAAUUUGGGCCACCAAGAAAGACCUUUUCCACAGUUUUGCCAGAAGUAGCCCUGGGAACGUCUCAAGUGGAUGAACAAAGGUCGUCCCAUGUAAUGAGAAUCAAAGAAAAGCUCUUUGGUUCAACAUCACCAUUGGUGCAUCAGAAAACUGCUACAACUAAGAUAAAAGAGAGGAAGUUCAACAAUGAACCUGAGUUUAAAGAAUCACGGCAGAGUUUUUGCUUCAAAGCCAGGCCACUGCCAAACUUCUGUCGAAGAAAUAAACAACUAAACGAUACUAAUCAGCAGAUGACAUUGAUGCAUCCAUCCGAGGAAGAUAACAACUCAAUGAACAAAAGGAACACCGACGAGAAAACUUGGUUGGACACAUGAUUUAGCUGGGCACGGUCGAAUAUGAUAUCCUUUGUCAUAGUUUAUGAUCUGCAGUCCAACAUAUAACAGUUUUAGAAACAUAUUUGGUGCAUAUUGUAAUGUGAUAUACCUUUUGUAAAUAAUUUGAGGAAUAAAUACUAAAAAUUCUCCUUUAGUUGCAAGUUAUGUUCUGAAUAUGUUUCGGAAAGCUUUUUCUAACAGAAAUGUUUUUGUGUAGUACUAUCUAGAGAAUGGAUGAGAACAUUCUCUCUUCUUAUUUUUCUAAAGGUUUACCAUUAUUGUGUCAAAACUUUUGGGAUUGGUAUAUGAAGAUUAGAGGAUUAGGUUUGUCUUUGAUAGCACUUUCAGAAAAGUAUACUUUCAUAUUAAUUGUUGGUACAAGGGUAAAGUCAAUUUUUACACCCUUCAAAUCCAAUGCCGGACAUGUUACACCCUUAAACUGUUGAAGUCAAAUGUCAAAUGGAAGAAGAAUUGGAGGGAGAACAUUUAGCAAACCAGAGGAAUGUAAAACUUUUGCCUCUGAAUAAAUGAGUGAACAUUUUUACCUUCUC